UGCCACGUAAUGGAGGCUCACUGCACGUGCUGAGUUUGGAUCUGAAUAAUUUGACGUUUUUUCUACUAAUUAGGACUUUUUCUCUCAUAAUUACGACGGGAUAAUAUUUGUAUGACAGGCUUCCGUUUGUUUUAGCAGCUUUUAUGUAAAAAAAAUGUCUCAAAGUGUACGCCGUACUCUUUUGUUUUUCUGUUAGCAAAAAGUUUGGACACCAUCGGAGUCUUCGAUUAUUCCCACCAAGACCAUUUACGUGGACCUUUUAUAGGCCUACACGGAGAAAUAUUGACUGCAUGGGGAUGUUAUUUUUUAGAAACAUGGCCCAGGGCUUGAAAUGCUUCAAACGCUUCUACUGUACACCAAGAGUCACACCGCCAUUAACAUUCAAUCAGUCAGCAGCGGCAGCCAAUGGAAGCUGAGGACUAGGAUGGAGAUGCCAGACGCUGCGUUUUGACGUACAAGGGAGGAGGAGGAGGAGGAAGGAGAAGAAGAAGAGGAGGAUGGAGCGCCACAAACGCCCGUCAAACUUUAACAAACGCCACAACGAGACGAGCCUGUCCGUCUAAAGAGGCCCGUUUGAGUCCAACAGGCUGGACGCCCGCGGACGGACAUGGAGACUUCCCGCACUUGUGAACCAGUUUGACCCAGUCGUGAGUCCGCCAAGACAACAUCCACUUUUAACUUGAAGCGGCGACAUGGAGCAAGCGCCGAGCCCUCCUCCGAAACCUUCCCAGCACGAGCCCAUCAGCUUCGGCAUCGAUCAGAUCCUCGGAGCCGGUACCGAGCCUGCGGAGAACGGAGCAGGGAGACAACGUGAUGUCAACGCCGGAGAUGGGUACUACAGCUUAGGGAGUCCGACCCGGACCAGCACGCCUUCCUACACGGCUCUGUCCAUCUCCUUCUCCGGCAUCGUGCCCCCGGUCGAGGCGUCUGGUUCCUACGGGGACAGCAGGAGUGUAGGCAGCCGAGGAGUGAUCCGAGUGCCGGCCCACAGACCCGUGACGGCCCCUGGACCCGCGGCCCCGGUACAGAGCACCGUGCCGGGGUUUGGGGGGCUCUGUUUCCCCUGGAUUGGGAACCGGUUCGCUAAGGACAGAAUAUCAGCUGCUCUGGUGCCAUUCUCGGUCACAAGGAGGAUAGGACACCCGUACCAGAACCGGACACCACCCAAAAGGAAAAAGCCCCGCACGUCCUUCUCCAGGGUGCAGAUCUGCGAGCUGGAGAAGAGGUUCCACCGCCAGAAGUACCUGGCCAGCGCCGAGAGGGCCGCCCUGGCCAAGAGCCUCAAGAUGACCGACGCCCAGGUCAAAACCUGGUUCCAGAACCGCAGAACAAAGUGGAGGAGGCAGACCGCCGAGGAGCGGGAGGCGGAGCGCCAGCAAGCCAAUCGCCUGAUCCUGCAGCUGCAGCAGUCCGCCCUGCAGAAGUCCCUGGGCGAAUCCGCCGUGUCCGACCCACUGUGCGCGCACAACUCCUCCCUCUACGCCCUGCAGAACCUGCAGCCGUGGGCCGAGGACAGGGAGUAGAGUCUCCAGGGUCCAAUCCAUGUUCUUCCGGUUUAGGGCCGUCACGUGAGGACAAUAAAUCCGGAUUGAUGUAAACGGGGAUUCAAGUUUUGCAACCGGAGACCGGAUGAAGGACGUUUGAGUGGACACGAGUGGACCUUGCACAUUUUUUCGGUGAGUGGCAUCACUUUUGAAGCGAACUUGGACUUCAUUUUUUCAUCUGUGAGAUUUUUUCAUAUCAAAAAAGAACUUCUGAAAAUGUCUAAUCGCAUAUGAAUGUCUUCCUAUCUGCUUGUAUUGAUCCUGUUUAGUAUCCGAUUCAAGGGAGAGAACGUGAACGCAGCACACAGGGUCAGAACAUGAUAGAACUUCCUCUUAAUGCAAUAGCUCAGGGGUGUCCAAAGUGGGGCCCGGGGGCCAUUUACGGCCCACGGCACAUUCUAAAUAUAUCAUUUAACAAAACAACUGAAAAAGAAACAACAGCGACGAUGGUUUCAUCAAACAAGAAAAGUCUUAAUUUUACAAAAAAUAUAUAUUAUAAGGUGAUAUACCACGUGACAUACUUUUAAUUGAAAUGUUAAAGAAAAAAUAUUAAAGAAAAAAGUCAUCAUAACAUAAGAAACAAACAAAACAAUGAGUUAAAGUUAAGUAAAAUUAAGUUGCGAAGAAAAUUAGUAAAUAAUCACAAUAAGAAAAUGUAUAAAAACAAAGUUAAAACAAUUGGAAACAUGUUUUAAAAGUACGAGAAUAAAAUGAAAAUAUUCAAAGAAAAAAAGUCAUAUUCUUACAAGGAAAGUCAUAAUUUUACUAGAGCAAACUUGCAAUAUUAUGAGGAAAAAAUGUCAUUUUAGUAGCAAAGAAGUAUUUUUUUUAAAGGUUAUUUUAAAAAGUCACAAUAUUAUGACAAACAAAUCAAAAAGUAACAUUUUUUUAAUGAGUUGGCAGACAAAUUGGAACAUUAGAAAAAUAGUCAUAAUUUUCUGUGAAUAAAUUACCAUAGGCUGGCGACCAGUCCAGAGUGCAGCCUGCCUCUUGCCCAAAGACAGCUGGGGUGGGCUCCAGCAUACCCAUGACCCUGAGGGCUCGUGCUGUAGAAAAGGGAUGGAUGGACGGAGGACAGGGAUAAACUCAGAAUUACAAGAAAAGAGAUUAAAAAAAACCAGGAAGUCCAAUUAUGAAGAGAAAAAGUUGUAAUUUUAUGAGAAUUAACUUCUAGGGUAGAGUUGAAAUAUGAAAAAAAAUAUAUAUAUAUUAUUUCUUUUAAAGCCGUAAUAGAAGAAACAAACAAAACAAUAUAAGGUUGUAAUAUUUGGAAAAUCAUGUUGGGGAAAAGUUCUGAUAUGAUGGCAAUAAAAUCCAAAUAUGAAGAAAAGAAAGUUCAAAGUAAUAAUGAGCUUUUUCAUCACAAAGCGGAUAUGCAGUUUUAUCUUGCAGUACAUGUAAAGUAUAUACUAGAACUUCUUAGCAUAUCCUCACAAAUUAUCCAAGUGUCAAAGUUUCAUCCUUUCACUCUCCAGUAAUAUUUGGACACCCCUAGCUGAUCCCAUUCCUUAGUUCCAUUCCAUUCCCUGUACAUACGGGAUGAGGUUUAAGUAAGAAAAGAGGGCGAGUGGACGAGCGGGUGGGCGGGUGCAUGUUCAGUCACGGUGGUGCUAUUAUUUGUUUGCCAUAUUAAGAUGUACAGUGUCUUUUUUUUGUACUUUUAUUGUGUGAAUAACAAGUUUUUGUGACCACCAUGUUGAAGGUUUCAUUGAUGCGUACAAAAAAAAAAGAAGACCUGGCAAGGCGGCAAUCAUUUCUUAAAAAGUUUAUUGAUAAAUAUAUUCAUUUUCAUACAACAAUUCAAAGACACACUCGUUUAUUGGGACAGAUUGAUGCUGUCUCGGCUGUGUGGAUGUUCAGUAUGUGGAUGUACUUUGUACCAAAAUGGGUGGAAUUAGUAGAAAACCCACAUUUCAAAAUGGCGACUAUACGUAUU